AUGCCUCUCGCGACAAUCCACCUGCUCUCGCUCUCUCCUUCAACCACGCUCCCUGAUUUCCUCGAGGCGGUCAAAUCCUCGUCUCUCAAACCCCUGGUCAUCUCGAAGGUGAUCCGCUGGAUCAUCACGCCCACCAAGAUCGACGCAGAGCCCCUCCUCCACCCGAAAAAGCCGUGGGAUGUCCUCCUCAUCGUGCUGGGCACUGACCCCCUCCCCCCGUCGGUGCGGGAGAAGAUCGUCGGUCACUGGUCCUGCGCGACGGGGAUUCCCAGCCGCUUGACGAACGACUUCGCCACCAGGAACGACAGACUCCUGCACCCGCCGGCGUCGGAGGUGCCCGCUCUGACCGGCUCGUUGAACAAGCCACUCCUGGGCGAGUCGUCGCAGACCCUCGAACUCAGCACGGACCUGCAGUCCUGGAUCCGGCAGUUCUCGGGCACCACCGCAGGCCAGUCGCCCCUGUCGAUGCUCAACCUGCUGGCGUUCAAGCCGGACAUGAAGCCGUCGUACCUCAAGUACGGCGCCGCGUUCGCCGAGUCCAUCGGCGCCCGCCGCGGCGGCAUCGCCAAGCUGGUCGGCAACAUCACGCAGCAGACGCCGCCGGAGCAGUCGGGCGGCAAGUGGGACGAGUUCGCUCUGGCGAGCUAUCCCUCGAUCAUGCACUUCGCCGACAUGCUGGCCUCGCAGGACUAUCAGGCCGUCAACUUGAAGUACCGCGUCCCGGCGUUGGAGGACACGUUCAUCCUGUGCACGAGCGAGAUCGAGAUUGAGGGUGUUGCCCGGGGCCAGGGGAAGCUGGGGAUUGGGAAGAGAGCCAUGGGUGGGAAGUUGUGA